GCGAAGAGAGUAGAAAAAGGGAGAAAAGUCAGACGGCGGGGGAGGGGGAGAUAAAAAAAGAGCGAUGUUGACUGACGCAACGACCAGGUCACUAAUCCAGUCACCGGGCGGACACACGGGGCAAAAGCUACAGCUCUCCUCAAGAUCCAGAGUGAAACGGGUCCUUGUCAGCUGUUUUCCCGGCUUGCGCCGCUCCCCAGCUCUCAGCAGCCCUUUCCGGUUUCAUACACCGGGCAAAGCAGGAGACUCACGAUAUUUGGGACUCUGCCUCUCCUCGGCAGCUACCGGUCUGACCAAUGAGCGUGCCUCAAAUCCAGCAUGCCGGGUACUCAAUCCUACCAUCUCGUGAAUCUUUUGCCAGUUUUUCGGAAUCGAGGGGUCAGUACUACCUAGGCUACGAGGAAGACGAU